ACCUCUCUACCUCACAGUCCACUAAUCUGUCGUUACAUCGUUUAGACGGGCGCGGCGUAGGUUUUAUCAAAGUGAAAAUUUCCUCCCGAUUCCCACACAACGUGCAUCAAGAUGACUGACAGAGAGGAUAAAGUUUACAAGGCUAAGUUGGCCGAACAGGCAGAGAGAUACGAUGAGAUGGUUGAGGCGAUGAAGAACGUCGCUGGGCUCGACGUCGAGCUGACGGUUGAGGAGAGGAACCUCCUCAGUGUAGCCUACAAGAAUGUGAUAGGUAAAGAAGCUUUUGUUUUUAGAAAUUAAUUGUUUUCUUGACAUUGUACGCAAAUAUGUGAAUCCAUGCCAGUAACUCCACUUAGACAAACUUGACAGUCAGUUGAGAAUGAGUUGAAGGAUAUAUGCCAGGAUAUACUUGAUGUAUUGGAUAAACAUCUAAUCCCCUCCAGCUCUACUGGAGAGAGUAAAGUAUUCUAUUACAAGAUGAAGGGAGAUUACCACAGGUAUUUGGCUGAGUUUGCCACUGGAAAUGACCGUAAGGAGGCUGCAGAGAAUUCUCUAGUUGCGUACAAAGCUGCGUCAGAUAUUGCCAUGACGGAGCUCCCACCCACACACCCAAUCAGGUUGGGACUAGCAUUGAACUUCUCCGUGUUCUACUACGAGAUUCUAAACUCACCAGAUAGAGCCUGCAGGCUUGCCAAGGCUGCUUUUGAUGAUGCUAUUGCUGAGCUGGAUACUCUAUCUGAAGAGAGCUAUAAGGAUUCAACACUUAUUAUGCAACUACUCAGAGACAAUCUAACCCUCUGGACCUCAGAUAUGCAAGGAGAUGGGGAUGCAGAGAAGGCAGAAGGAGAUGAAGCUAAAGUUAAAGUUGAGGAUGUAGAAACCCCAGCUCCUGCUCCAGCUGCACCUGAGGAAUCUUAGACAAGAAGCUCAGCAGUUUAAUAAAAAAGCAGCUCAGCAGCCCAGUUUACCUGAGCAGCUUAUCCAUCAAACACUCAUCAUCUUUGGCUCAUGAGAGUAAACUCCAUCACAGUGCUGCAUUCAUUUCAAACCAAAAAUAUUUUCUGAUUGUUGAGCAUCAUAGUUAUGGGUUAGGGCUCAGUACUCCCUAGUACUCCCCACUAGUACUUCAGUAUACAUAGUACUCCAAAACCUGUGUUCUGGCGUUUCUCAAGUAUUUGAGAGUUUUAAAGCUUUCUCGAGUAUUUAAAUUUAUCAUGUAAAGGACUAUUUUUGAGUAGCGUCACAAAACUAUUACUUAUCUUACUUUUUGCAGUUGUGCUUCAAUAGCUUUUCAGGUUUCGGGAGUAUUAAUAAUUAGGCCAUUGGAGUACUGAACAUACUGGAGUACUAAUUGAUGCAACUCCUGAAAUUAUAGUUUGUCUGAAUAUUCUUAAUCUAAAACAAUGUUACCAACACACCAGGUUUGCAAUUUAGUACAACAUUUUACAUUUAUGCACAAACUUUCUUUACAACACAAUCUGGGCAAUCCUUUGUAUCCCUCCCCCCCUUUCUAACAAAUACCCCACCCACCCCUGUAUUGAUAUUUUUAAGUUACCUGAACGAUAGAUCUUGAACCAGUAUUCCGGUAGUUUUUCUCAGGGGUGUUUAUUUCGUUGUAAAAAUCUAUCCCCCCUUCUUGAGAAAUGGGGGGAAAAUCUAUAUCUUUUUGGGAACAAAAUUAUUAAAAUAAUGUUAACAGUUCCCCCUUAAAAUCUGUGGCGGGGGGGGGGUAGCUAAUAAAUAUAUACCCCUGAAAUUUUACUAGUUCUAAAUAAACCAUUUUGUUCUUAACAGGGGGCAAGGUCUGGACACUUAAAAUCCAUCUUUAAUCACAGUCUUGACUUUUUUUCAUCUUUUUCCCCAGGGCUUGAGUUGGUUUAUUGUGAUGUACACCAUUCCGUAUUUAUUAUUCUAGAUUUUUUAUUCUUUUAUUUAUGACAUUUUUUCUUUCAAAUUGUAUUUGAGUGUCUGACGGGAAAUAUUUCCGGUGCAAAGGUUUCAAUUUUAACAGUGCUCAACUAUUUGGCAUUUAAACGUAAAUAUUAGGUUUUUGACUCAACUACACGAAUUUACUGUGAUUAUGUUUGUUUAAAAAUAUUAUUAUUAAUUUCAUUUUUUAA